GUACUUUUCAUAUCCAUCAUUCUUGUGGCGGAAUGUCAAGUGUGUUAAAAACCAUACCAAACUCCACCACCUCUCCACCUUGUCAUACCCCUAAAGACAAUUCAAACUAUUCCAAAUCUCAUAAUCACUUCAUCUUCUUCAAACAGCCUCGUACACCAUCUCUGCUACAUUCCAAAUUGAACAUUUUUUGUCGUAGCAGUGUCGGUGUCUCUUCAUCUUUAGCCAACACCACUCACAACGUAACCGCUGACCAAAAUGCUAAAAUUUGCAAGUUCUGCGAAAUGGGUGAUCUCAGAAACGCCAUGGAAUCGCUCAUAAGGUCAACAAGACAUGAACUUGGGUUGAAUACUUACUGUUCCGUUUUGCAGCUUUGUGCUGAGCGUAAAUCUUUGGAAGAUGGAAAAAGGAUUCAUUUCAUUAUCGUUUCCAAAGGUAUUCCAAUUAAAGGGGCUUUAGGUGCAAAACUAGUCUUCAUGUAUGUGAAUUGUGGUGAUUUGGUUAAAGGGAGAGAAAUAUUUGAUGAGAUUCUCAAUGAUAAGGUUUUUCUUUGGAAUCUUAUGAUGUCUGAAUAUGCAAAGAUUGGUAAUUAUAGGGAAAGUUUGGGUCUUUUUAAUAAAAUGCAGAAAUUGGGAAUUGCAGGGGAUUCUUAUACAUUUACUUGUGUAUUGAAGUGUUUUACUGCAUUGGGAAAGGUAAAGGAAUGUAAAAGGGUUCAUGGCUAUGUUUUAAAAUUAGGUUUUGGUUCUAGUACUGCUGUUGUUAACUCUCUAAUUGCAGCUUAUUUUAAAUUUGGUGGAGUUGAGAGUGCACAUAAUCUGUUUGAUGAAUUGAGUGACCGAGAUGUAGUUUCCUGGAAUUCUAUGAUAAAUGGUUGUGUUGUGAAUGGUUUUUCCAGAAAUGGACUCGAGAUUUUCAUUCAGAUGCUGAUUUUGGGGGUUGGUGUGGAUUUGACCACAUUGGUUAGUGUACUUGUUGCUUGUGCAAAUAUUGGAAACCUUUCACUUGGUAGAGCUCUUCAUGCUUUUGGAGUGAAAGCUCCUUUUAGUGGAGAAGUUGUGUUUAGCAAUACCUUACUAGACAUGUAUUCAAAAUGUGGUAAUUUAAAUGGCGCAACUGAAGUUUUUGUGAAGAUGGGUGAAACAACUAUUGUUUCUUGGACUUCAAUCAUUGCCGCUUAUGUACGAGAAGGUCUAUAUGAUGAUGCUAUUGGAUUAUUUGAUGAAAUGCAAAGCAAGGGUGUUAGACCAGAUAUCUAUACUGUCACAAGUAUUGUUCAUGCUUGUGCUUGUAGCAACUCUUUGGAUAAAGGAAGGGAUGUACACAGUUAUGUUAUAAAGAAUAGCAUGGUGUCGAAUUUGCCUGUUGCUAACGCUCUCAUGAAUAUGUACGCAAAAUGUGGAAGCAUGGAAGAAGCUCGUUUAGUUUUCUCUCAAAUUCCAGCUAAGGACAUUGUCUCGUGGAAUACGAUGAUUGGAGGCUAUUCGAAAAAUUCACUUCCCAAUGGAGCUUUAGAACUUUUUUCAGACAUGGUAGAACAAUUAAAGCCUGAUGACAUUACAAUGGCUUGUGUUCUUCCAGCUUGUGCAGGCUUAGCAGCUUUAGACAAAGGCAGAGAGAUACAUGGACACAUAUUAAGAAGAGGGUACUUUUCGGAUUUGCAUGUAGCAUGUGCACUUGUUGAUAUGUAUGCAAAGUGUGGAUUGCUAGUUCUAGCACAGAUACUUUUUGAUAUGAUUCCUAAAAAGGAUCUGAUUUCAUGGACUGUUAUGAUAGCUGGAUAUGGAAUGCAUGGAUUUGGAAAUGAGGCAAUUUCAACUUUUAAUAAGAUGAGAAUUGCAGGUAUUGAGCCCGACGAGUCGUCCUUCACUGCCAUACUUAAUGCUUGCAGUCAUUCCGGAUUACUGAAUGAAGGGUGGAGAUUCUUUAACUCGAUGAGAAAUGAAUGCAGCAUCGAACCGAAGUUGGAACACUAUGCUUGCAUGGUGGAUCUUCUUGGCCGCGCUGGAAAUCUAUCGAAGGCAUACAAGUUCAUUGAAUCGAUGCCGAUCAAACCAAAUGCUACAAUUUGGGGUGCAUUACUUUCUGGGUGUAGGAUCCAUCAUGAUGUGAAACUAGCAGAAAAAGUGGCAGACCAUGUUUUUGAACUAGAGCCAGACAACACAAGAUACUAUGUUGUUCUAGCAAAUGUAUAUGCAGAGGCAGAAAAGUGGGAAGAAGCGAAAAAGUUGCGAGAAAGGAUGCAAAGAAGAGGAUUCAAACAAAAUCCAGGUUGUAGUUGGAUAGAAGUGCGAGGAAAAUUUAAUAUCUUUGUCGCUGGGAACACAAAACACCCUCAAGCGAAAAGAAUAGACACGUUGCUGAGAAAAUUGAAAAUGCAAAUGAAAAAUGGAGAUUUUUCUACUAAGUUGAAGUAUGCAUUGAUCAAUGCAGAUGAAAUGGAGAAGGAAGUGAUUCAGUGUGGACACAGCGAAAAGUUAGCAAUGGCUUUCGGUAUAUUAAAUUUGCCACCUGGGAGGACUGUUAGAGUCGCGAAGAAUCGAAGAGUAUGCGGGGAGUGUCAUGAGAUUGGGAAGUUUAUGUCCAAGACAACCAAGAGGGAAAUUGUGUUGAGAGAUUCAAACCGGUUUCACCAUUUCAAAGAUGGUUUAUGUUCUUGCAGAGGUUUCUGGUAACAAAUUAGAAAUAUUCAAUAGAGUGUGGAAGUUCUCCAUUUAAUCCAUUCAAUCUUGAUUCAAUGAAUCAAUGGUAGACAUCCGCCACCAACACUGUUUGUGUACCAGUUUAAUUGCUUGUUACUAACUUAAUAAAAAAGUUACAUCUACAAAUUCAGAAAUGUCAAUUAAAUUCACCGAGGGCCAAUUUUGAUGCAAGUGAGUUGGACUUGGAUUGAUAGCACACUGAACAGGGUAUCCUGUCUGCUGUGUAGGUUCUCUGCUAUCUAGCUUAUACUAACCGUAAUAUUGACGCCAUGGCACAUGGUUCAUUAGAAAUGAUCUGGUUAUUGAAGCCCUUUUGUCAAUGGCAAAUGUGAUCCUAAUUUUCCUUCUUGGUGUGAAUCAAGGAGCAGAAAAUAUUUCUGUUGAAUGGCUACGAAUUCCUGAUUAAAAAAAAUAUCUUGGUUCUUGAUAUUAGUCAUUCUCCCUUGGUACUCAAAUAAACCUGAUUGAGAGUUUUAAGCUUUGUAGUGGAAAAGUUAAAUUUUAUUCCUUUCUGUAUAUUCAUGUAUGUUGAAGAUUCCUAUGUGUUGGACAAAUCUCCUUUGGCAAAAGUUACUGAACUUCCUAUGGUUGGAUUCAGAUGGUAAAAGUAAUGAGAAACAUUGUUUUCCCUUAUGUUAAAGUAUUA